GCGGGCUUUUCGGGGACAAAGAUGUCUAUGGCCAGCGAUUUCUACCUGCGUUACUACGUAGGGCACAAGGGCAAGUUUGGACAUGAGUUUCUGGAGUUUGAGUUUCGGCCGGACGGAAAACUUAGAUGUGCCAACAACAGCAAUUAUAAAAAUGAUGUCAUGAUCAGAAAGGAGGCCUAUGUACACAAGCGUGUAAUGGAAGAACUGAAGAGAAUUAUUGAUGACAGUGAAAUUACAAAAGAAGAUGAUGCUUUGUGGCCUCCUCCUGACAGGGUUGGCCGACAGGAGCUUGAAAUUGUAAUUGCAGAUGAGCACAUUUCUUUUACCACAUCAAAAAUGGGUUCUCUUAUUGAUGUCAAUCAGUCAAAGGAUCCUGAAGGCCUUCGAGUAUUUUACUAUUUGGUACAGGACCUGAAGUGUUUAGUGUUUAGUCUUAUUGGAUUACAUUUCAAGAUUAAACCAAUCUAAACUAUAUGUUUUUUGAAACUGGGUUUAUAUUUAAUUAAGGGGUGGGUGAGGGAGGAUUUGUUCAUUUAUAAUAUUGGGGUUUUUAUGAAUGUGAAGCAAACUUUUGUAUGCAAAUUGAAAAGAAGACAAUAUCUAAGCAGGCUUAAUGCUUAUCUUCACUUGAGUCCAAGUGGAUUGGGCAGUCACCGCACACAUUAAACUCUGUAAAUAAAAGCCACCUUUUAUUGAAAUUUUGCUCCAAUAAAACAUCAAAGCCUGGAUGGAGAGUGCUUUUGGUCUUUCAGGAGGCCAGAUCUCUGAUUCAUUUUAAAGAUGAAAAUUGUUCUAGAAGGUGUAUCCUGUGACAGAGGGUCUUUUAUGUAGAAACAUGUAGCCAGAUUCCCAUCUGUUUAAAAGCAAUUGUAGAUCUCCCCUUGUUUCUGCCACACCUGACGGAAUUUAAUUUUUUGGUGCUCAUAGAAGUUGUUUAUAGAAGCUUUUGGAUUUUUUAUGUUUGUCACAAACUCCUUAGGGGUUAUUCACAUUUAAAUGUUUUUGUGUGAGCAGUGAUUUCCUCAGGGUUACAAAGGUAAAGUCAGUAUCCAAAGUUAGACACAUCUUUUAUUAUGCGCCUAUUCCCAUAUUUCACAAUACACAUAUUUUGUAUAUCUGUGGGAAAUAAAUGAGUUCUCGGCUCUAAAAAUU